AUGACGCUUAAUAUCGAUAGCGAAGAUGUUCUCUACAGGCUAGCCUGUGAAUGUGAAGUGCUCUUUGACCAACUACAGGAAACCUUGCCUCAAACAAAGCUAGAAGUUACGACUACCGAUCUAUUCGCCGAAUUUCAGCAACGAUUUUCUAUAUGGGCGGCGCAUCUCGGGGUGUUUGCUCGGAAGAGCCAAUGCUUAGAUACGAGACUCCGAAACCUCCCAGACCUUCAAGACCUUGUUGCUCGAUUACUGGAUAUCCUCCGCCGCAGUCUACAACAAUAUCAGGCCCCGUUAGGCUUGGUUGAAUCAUAUCCUAAGGCUUCGAUACAAACUGCGACUCUGACAGCAAUCGAUAACACCCUCGCUCGACUAAACCGUUUAGGUGUCACAAUUCGCCGGUCAAGUCGUGACAAGAUCGACAAAAGGGCUAAGACAUUCGCCGCAGGUCUUGAUCUGAAGCCAUUCGCCUAUCUAUGUGCGAACGCCGUGCAUGCCUUAUAUCCUGGUGCCCACCAGUCUCUCAAAGAUUAUCUCAGCAAGUCCAUGACAGAUAGAUAUGCAAAGAUGCUAUUUCUGAACGCUCGCCACAAAAAGCUCGAGAGCCGCCGAGAGCCACGUAUAGGUCUAUCAUCUAUCCCGGAAGUACCCAAUAACGAGAUGCAGAACAACGUCCCUAUCACCCAGCCGGCGAGAGGGAUUCCAGUUGUAGCUAAUCUUCCAAAAGAGCCUAUCGCACUCUCUCAGUCCGAUCUAUCCAGCGUCAAUACUCGACAGAUCAGGAGCCGUCUCAGACCAUCCGAUGAAGCGUCGACAAAAUUUCCUAAGACAACAUUUCAAGUAAACCAGAGUAACUAUCCAAGACUCCCUAGCAGCGAUAUCUUCACUUGCGAGUGGUGUUCUGAACUGCUCAGCAAGAAAUCACUCUCGGAGGGCAAAUGGCGGUAG